GACGAAGAUGACCUUGUCGGACUUCUUGGCCGACGAAGCUACCGGGUCAUGGGCUGAUGAGAUGGAUGCACUACCUACAGCGCCCGCUGCAAAAGUCGAUAACGACCGGGGCAAGCGCGAUGAUUUCUCCCGCGACUUUCCUUCUCGAGAGUCUCGCUAUCCUCCUCGGGAGGAGUUGCCACUGCCAGACAAGCCGCCAUACACGGCUUUCCUCGGAAACCUCGCAUAUGAUCUGACUGACGCCGACAUCGAGGAGUAUUUUUCUCCGCACAAGCUUGUAUCUGUCAAGAUCAUCAAGGAACGAGACGAACGGCCGAAGGGUUUCGGAUACGUUGAGUUCGAGGAUCUGGAAGGGUUAAAGGCCGGCCUUGAGCGUUCCGGAAGAUCCCUGAAUAAUCGCGUCGUCCGUGUGAGUGUUGCUGAAGCCCAGAAGGAUCGGACCUUUUCCUCUCGCGGCGGGGGAGGAUUUGACGAUGACAAAUUCGAUCGGCAAUGGCGCCGUGACGGGCCUCCCCCUGAUCUUGGUCAUGAUCGCAGCGCAUCCAGGCCGCGUUCGUCUCGAUUCUCUAAUGAGCCGACGAACGAGGCCGACGAUUGGCGCUCUGCGCCCCGCUCCAUGCAACCCCCACUUGAGCACGGCUCUUCGCGUCGCGGCUCUGGCUUCUCCACGCCUUCAGAGCCUGGCAACGAACCAUCUGACUGGCGUUCUGCACCUCGAGCCCCACGGCCAGCCGGCCCGGAGCACGACGGACCCCGCUCUCGUUCAUAUACCCCACGCGAGCCUAGGGAGCCUAGGGAGCCACAUGCUGCCGAAGUGGAAGAAAACUGGACGAUGGGUUCGAAGUUUAAGAAGUCUUCCCCUACAUCCGAGUCUGGCUUCGACCCUUCUAGGCGCGGAUCCAGGGACAAUGUUCCUCAUGAACCGACCGUCGACGAGGGCGUAAGCGACUGGCGGACGGGCCCCAGGAGGGGUCCACUGCCAUCUCGAGAAGGACAAGGUCGCUUUGGAGACAGAAAAAGUCCCCAGUCUUCCGCACCACCUACCCCGAUUUCAAGGCGGAGGCUUGAGCUUAUUCCCCGAGGAAACAGUAGCCCCUCUAACCCGAGCUCUCCUCUCACCUCCCCUCCACCCAUGAGUGCAACACUCCCUCAUGUAAAGCCCAACCCAUUUGGUGACGCCAAGCCUGUCGAUGUGACUGCACGCGAGCGUGAGAUUGAGGAAAAGAUCGAGCGAUACGAGCACGGAUCCGGGUCCGGCUCGACCCAUACAUCUCCCAGGCAAGUACACAUACACCCCCCUGGAGACGACGCACCGUAUCAUCAUCAUGGGCAUCAACCAGCCCCUACUGCCGGACCUCCGGCUCACCCGAGUACAAAUCAAGAUUCUUGGAGACGUCGCGGCCCACCCUCUGAGCGAGUUACCCCUAGCCAUUCUCGCCAGCCUUCAUCUGGUACCGGGGGCGCACGCGGUGCUUCACGUAACGACACACCACCCUCCCACCAUGCACCCAAGAGUUCCCCACCUCAGGCCGCUGCAUCCAAUGUUCGGCCAACUUUCAGCUUCGCUGCUGCCGCUGCCAGCAUCUCUAUCGAUGAAGAAGGUCCAGAUGAGGGUGGGGCCAACGGACAACCUAAUGGAGAUGGCCAGAUUGACGCUGUGGUUGAAAGGCUUGCGGAUCUAAAUACCAACAAUUCCAGCACGUAAACGACGCCUAGAUGAAGAAGAUUGUCGAUGAGGUCUGAACAACGCGUAACUCAUCGCCAAAACUGUCGUCAUUCCUAUAUUUCAAACAAAGGUUGCAAGAUAGCUGUUACGAGAGGAGAGAGCCAGUAAACGCACGGACGCUGUGGACGAACGAGAAAAACUGAGUGCUUGCGCAUUCAUGAUAUUGGUCACACCCUGCAUUCACCUUUCAGCAUCCUGGCUACGAUUACCCUCAGGCAUAUUCUAUUUUCUUUUUCUAAUGAUGGGUUGUUCGAUGACGGUUUCUCUUCAUGUACUUGAGUCUCCUGCAUCGCAUGCUGCUCUGGUCUUAUUCACCAAUACUAUGCCUUGAAA